GAAAGAAGAACAGUAAGAGAAGUGUUACAAGAAGCUUUUGUAUUUUUAUUCCUACGUCUUGAAAGACAUUGUUUAUAGUAUUUUAUUGAUAUUCUAUAUAUUUAUACCUUAACCGAAACAUGUCCAACAAAUUCGACGCGGCUUACAGGUUGAAGACCAGCGAUGAUAGUGGAGACGAUGAUUCUCAGUCAAGAGAGACUCAGAAAACUGACAAAGAUAUGCCUGUUAUAGAAAUAAAUCCGAACGAGCACAAGUUACAGUAUGCAUAUGCAUUGUGGUACAGUAGGCGCAGUCCAGGUAAACAAACUAACAUACAAAGUUACGACCAGAAUUUAAAACUGGUUGGUAGGUUUGCAAGUGUAGAACAAUUUUGGGGCUUGUACAGUCAUUUAGUAAGGCCUUCAGACCUUACAACACAUACAGAUUUUCACCUCUUUAAAGUUGGCAUCAAACCCAUGUGGGAGGAUGAAGCAAAUCAACGGGGUGGAAAGUGGAUUGUUAGGUUAAGAAAAGGUUUGGUGGCAAGGUGUUGGGAGAACCUUGUUCUAGCAAUGUUAGGUGAACAGUUUAUGGUCGGAGAGGAAAUAUGUGGUGCUGUAGUAUCUAUAAGAUUUCAGGAAGAUAUAAUUUGUGUAUGGAAUAAAACUGCAUCAGAUGUUGCGACGACAGCACGAAUCAGAGACACAUUAAGACGAGUAUUGCAUCUUCCAGCCAGCGCCUCCAUGGAGUACAAGACUCACAACGAAAGCCUAAAGUACCUUAAUAUGAUACCGCAACAUCAACAUCAUUGACUGAAAAUAACUUGACUCACCAACUAUUGAGUUAAUUUGCUGACAAGGCAGCACAGAGAAAACAACAAAUACCCAAUGGUUAAUUACGCUCCAAAACAGAUCACAAUCGGUGUAAUCGGAAAGCAACGGGCUGCAAUUUGAAUUAUAUAAUUAUCAAUUGAUAACACCUCUCUUGCCGUUACUUUCAAAACUUUUCAUUCGGUUCAUGUUCAUAUAAUAAUUAUAUUAAUAAUAGAGUUCGAAAUGCAUUGCUAAAGCGAUAAAAUCGAUGGAACAAUAAGGCAUCUUCACUUUUCCUAAGAGAUUUAGGGGGUUGGAUGUUAUCUGUUGUGUUUUUUCUUUCUCGAUGUACGAAUUGUUGUGAAUGAACAGAAUGAAGUUAUGAAAUAUGUACAUUUUCCCAAAAUUUUCAUUAAAUCAAAAUAUACAAAAGUUAUAAAA